AUGACUCGAAUAUCUCAUUUUUUCGUGUAUAUAAUAUGUAUAUCAAUAUCGUUAAUAAAUGCCGAAACAAUACCACGAUUUGAUAUGCGAGAUAAAGAUGGAAUUAUAUUUGAUCCAAUAGCACCACGUGCUGGUGAAAGAUUGGUUGCAACAUGUACAUUAGUUGGUUUGACACCUAAUGAUAAACGUCAUGUAGGUUAUUUUCAAUGUUUAUAUUUAUUCAUUGUAAAAAAAAAAAAUUCUAACAGAAAGUUUUUCAAGAUUUUAAUUAAACUUGUUUAUUGGUACUCAAAAACAUUCAAAGUAAUGAAGACAUCAAUAUAUCAAAAAAAAACAAUAAUAUUUUCUUCAUCUAGUCGUUUAAAACGGAAGGAAGAACAUAAACCAUUCAUUAUUUUUCUUUUGAUUAUCGUUCUGUUUAUUAAAGAUAAAACAAGCUCUCAUUAGAGAUAGAUGAUUCCGAAUCAGGAUCAUCAACACUAAUUUUGAUUACAAUGUUUAAUACGACCAUACUUCCGAUUCUACAUAGAGAAAAAAAAACUAGGAACCAAACACACGAGUAAUAAUUUCUUGUAUAAGAUGUAUUCAAGGGUAUAUUCGAUCAGGCUGAAAUUUUUAACACAGAUUAGGACACUUGAAAUAAGAAGAUAUGUGUUCGAUGAAAAAAAAUUUAAGAAAAAGUUUUGUGGGAAAAUUCUGACUUUCUGUGGGAUCGUGUUCUGGUGCAUUAAGAUCCCGAUUAGAGUCCAUCAAGUUCAAAAUUUUUGAAUUCGGGACCUCCUCGAUAGACUCUAACUCCCAUCAAGUUUUGUCUAACUGGACUGAAAAUUUUUUUCGAGAUACUUGAGACUAUAUCUCACAGGUAGUUUUGAGCUUUCGCUGAAAUCUCAUUUUCUACUUUUUCUUAUGAGAAAAAUAUGUGAAGAUUCGGGUCGAAACUUGAAAACGACUGAUUCUACCUCAAGAUAAUGCUUUUAAGUAUUUAUAAUAAAAAUUUCAGCCCGAUCGGACAAAAUUUUUCUUCGAACACGUGUCUCUUUAUUUUAGGUCUUCUAUCCAAGGAGGAAGCAACGUACUUCCCUAUACUGAGAGUGGAGUAUAGUAAGAGAACCAUGGAAGAAGGAGAGUCUGUCGGUAUCUUCUUGAAUUUAGUUAUAGAUUUUUCUUAGCUAUAAAACUGUAUUCCGGAGAGCACGGAAGGAUGUCGUUUCCUCCUUGACUCUAUCUGUAGUAAAAAAUUUCGACCUGAUCGAUUUUAUUCUCUUCGAGAACCAGAACAAGUCAAAAAAAUAGAAGAGAAUACCAUUAAGUCAAUUUGAUCUAAACACACUUUUUAAUUGUCAGAUAGGCAGUUUCGAUACUAAAUAAUGUUGACUUUACAUAUAUCUAGUUCUCAUAUGAUGUAUUUUUAUUUUUCGAUGUAAAACAUCGUUCUAUUUGAAAUAUUGUG